AUGAUUCAUGUAAUUAUUUGGCGAGAUUGUAAACAAAGGGAUGCCAUCGCGACUCGCAGCAGCUCCUUGGCCUCAGUCCCAGUGACAUGUGUUUCCUGCCCCCCUCUCGCCCCUCCUUCCUCUCAAUUUACUCUUCCCUUUUCCUCGAUAGCUGGUCCUAAGGUCAGUUCGUCUGGUCGUCCUGUUCUGUGUUCUGACGGGUCGGGCCGGCUCCCUGGGACAGGAUUCCACCAAUCACCGAUCGGCUUCCCAGUCAGGUGGGCAGCCGGAAUCGCUCUUCUCCCCACAGUCUUGUGUCACCGUCCGACAGCCGUCGGUCUCGUCUGUCCGUCCGGCAUGGAGGCAGCAGCAAGUACUAUCGGCCUGGCAACGACGCAACAUGACGACAAGCGAGGUAUCGGCAGCAGUCUCCAACUGCGAGGGCUUCGUUGCCAUGCCGGCGUCAGCAAGAAUCAAGCCGAUUAG